UGAUGGAGCAGCAGCCUCAGCAACAACAGCAACUUAGAAACCUGCGUGACUUCCUGUUGGUCUACAAUCAGAUGACAGAACUCUGCUUCCAGCGCUGGGUGCCCAGCUUACACCAUCGAGCUCUGGAUGCUGAGGAGGAGGCCGGUCUGCACAGCUGUGCUGGGAAGCUGAUCCAUUCCAGCCACCGCCUCAUGGCCGCUUACGUGCAGCUCAUGCCUGCCCUGGUACAGCGCCGCAUCGCAGACUACGAGGCUGCCUCGGCUGUGCAAGGCGUUGCUGCUGAACAGCCUGGGGUCUCUCUAUCAGGCAGCUAGCCAUCCCCAACCCCAGGAGGGAAGGCCCUGGAUGGACUUCUCUGAUUGAAGGACCCCAGUGGACCUUGGGGUUGGUGAAUCCUAUACAGAGAGAAUUCGAGAUUGCCUGAAAGCUGGGUGUCCUUGCUCCUUUUCCUGGAGCCAAUAAACCUGCUUUUUAUUCUGUUUGAUUUGUAUUCUGGGCAAGGAAGCUUUGCCUACCUAAUUGGCACAGUCCUUUGUUCUGUCAUUUAGUACAUAUCCGCUGGCUUCAGCCAUGGCAGCUGAGGAAUUUUCUUCUAUAUGUAGAAGAAAAACCUGAGCAUUUGUAGGCAUCUGGUUAAAGCAGUCUCUGUGUGUACAGUUUUAAAAUGGGUCAUGCUUUACCUUAGUUCAUCUUUACAACAAAACUAUGAGUAAGUGGUAUUAGCCUCAUUUAACAGAUGAGGAAGCAAGAAUCCAGAAUGUACCAGAAGGCCAAUUUAUACAUCAGGAAAUUGGUUCCUGCCCAGACAGGACAUGGGAGCUCUGUCUAGUUGUCCUUAAGUCUGACUGACUUCAGUGGCUCAUAACCGUGAGCCAAGUAUUCGUUGGUUCAUAACUGUUUUGUGAAUUAUGUCUUACAUGUCUAAAAUUCUGCUGGAUCUAGGGAAGGAGAAGCUAUCUAAGUACAACCGGUCAAAAAAACCACAGGGCUUUUGGGUACUGCCUCCUUGAGAAUUUACUGGCCACAGAAGAGAGAUGAAACCUGUAAGAAGUCUGGGGUCUUUUGGAACUUCUGCCAUUUCCCCAGCUUCUUACUUUCUUAGUAUUUACAGUCUUCUCAGGAUGAGCAGUAAAACCUUUGAAC